CCAUCAAUCCGCACACGCACACACAUCCACCCCACCCCACCCCAGACUUAGUCCACCAAGAUUCUCCCAAAAAUCCAAUCUUUAUCAAAACCCCAUUAAUAAAAAGUCUCCAUCACAUGAAUCUCUCCAACCCUAGCUCACCUUCCCCCUAAAUCCCAAUCUCCACCACCACCUCGCAACCAAAUGGGCGGAAAUGGAAAGUUCCGCCGCUGGAAAAUCUCCUUCCACAGAGCUCCCUCCGCCGCCAAGAACCAGCCGCCGCUGGAAUUUCUCUGCCCAAUCUCCAACUCCUUGAUGUUCGACCCCGCCAUCGUCUCCUCCGGCCAGACCUUCGAGCGCGCGUGCGUCGACAUCUGCAAAGCUCUAAGCUUCGUCCCCACGCUUUCCGACGGAUCGAAGCCCGAUUUCUCAACUGUCAUCCCCAAUUUAGCUCUCAAAAAAACCAUUCUCAGCUGGUGCUCCAAGAACGGGCCGGCCCACCCGAAUCCGCCCGACAAUUCGGAAAUCGAGUCGACCAUUCGCUCCCUUUCAGCCUCGGCCGAAACCCUAGAAAAAAUCCCCAAAAUUCGGGCAUCGGAGAAAGAAUUGCUGAAAGGCGUCGCUGAAACCCCUCCGAUUUUCCUCUCCCACGCCGCGACAGAAUUGAAUUCUAGGGAUUUGGAUUUGUCUUCAAGCUCAGAGGAAUCCGUGAUCGCCAAUACGACGCCGCUUCUCCCCUUCGCGACGCGGCCGUCGUGCUUCUCUUACUCCUCGUCCCCUUCCACCUCCUCCGAAUUCGCCGCGGAGGAAGGAUCUAGGAACAAUUCGUCGUCCGAGGAUGAGAAUUUCAUCAUUAAAAUGAGGAGCAAGGAUGUUUACGAGCAGGAACUAGCCGUGAUUCAGCUGCGGAAGAAGACGAGGACGAGCGAAGAAGCCCGCGCAGCUCUCUGCUCGGAGCGGCUGCUUCUGGCGCUGAAGCAGCUGCUGAACUCGCGCUACUCCGCCGUGCAGACGAACGCGACGGCGGCGAUGGUCAAUCUCUCGCUCGACAAGGGGAACAAGGUGAGGAUCGUGAGAGCCGGAGUGGUCCCGCUGCUGAUCGACCUUCUGAAGAGCGGCUACGACGAGUCGCGGGAGCACGCCGCCGGUGCGAUCUUCAGCCUCGCGCUCGAGGACGGCAACAAGACCGCCAUCGGCGUGCUCGGCGCCCUGCCGCCGCUGCUGCACGAGCUCAGAUCCGGCACGCGGCGGAGCCGCCACGACUCCGCGCUGGCGCUGUACCACCUCACGCUCGUGCAGAGCAACCGGGCGAAGGUGAUCCGGCUCGGAGCCGCGGCGGCGCUGCUGGGGCUGCUCAGGGACGGCGACCUGGCGGCGCGUGUGGUGCUCACCGUGUGCAACCUGGCGGCCUGCGACGAGGGGCGGGCGGCGCUGCUCGACGCUAAUGCGGUGGAUUGCCUCGUGGGGCUGUUGAGGAACCGGGCCGAGUUCAGCUCCGAGUCGACUCGGGAGAACUGUGUCGCCGCCUUGCACUCGUUGAGUGAUCGGAGCUUGAGGUUCAAGGGGCUGGCGAGGGACGCCGGGGCGGAGGAGGUGCUGCUCGACGUUGCGAAGGGGGACAGCGAGCGGGCGAGGGAGAAGGCUAGGCGGAUUUUGGAGGGGCUGAGAGGGCCGGAGACGGCGGAGGACGGGGAGGUGGAUUGGGAAGCGGUGAUGAAAGGCGGAGUGACUCAGGCGAGGCACCGAGUUGGGAAGAGUUCGGGCCGGAACUCGACUGAGUUCUGAGUUGGGAUGGGGAUUUGGGUAAUUUGUUGGUUAAUUAAAUUAAAUUAAGUUAAUAUUUGGUGGUGAUUAAUUUUUGUGGAAGAUGUCAAUAUUGAUGGUCCCUUUUUUAUUUUCACUGUAAAGUGUUUCGAUAAUCUUUAUUUUGAGGAUUAGGGCCUAACAUCUUUUGUUUCUUUUAGAAGAAAUAAUUGCUCAAACUUUGAGAAUUGGAUCAUGAUACUUAGCUUUUGGUUAUUUAUCUGUAUAUAUAACUGGUGAUUUGCAUAUAGAUGAAGAUUAUGGUCACUUUCUAUC